GGGGCGGGUGCGAACUUUGCGCGCACUCGCUGCAGCCAGUUCAUGUAUUCAUAUGCAAAUGAGCCGUCAUAUAUACCAGCACAGAGCUCUGGAAACGGCAGACUGGCCAUCUGUCCUCCUAACGGUUCUUUGGGUCAGCGGGCUCCAACAUGGCCCUCGUGCGUAAAGGCGCAAACGGAGCGAUCAGAGGCACGGAGGGUCACGGAAACGGAAAGACGAGGAAACCUCUGGUGGAGAAGAGAAGAAGAGCGCGCAUCAACGACAGCCUGCAGGAGCUCAGAGCUCUGAUCGCAGACGCAGACCUGCAGUCGAAGAUGGAGAAUGCAGAAGUCCUGGAGCUGACAGUGAAGCGGGUGGAGGGCAUCCUGCAGAACCGUUGUCAAGGGGUGGACGCUGUGAAGCGGGAGGCGUGUGAGCGGUUCGCUGCAGGUUACAUCCAGUGCAUGCACGACGUGCACACGUUUGUCUCCAGCUGUCCAGGAGUUGAACCGACGAUGGCUGCGGAGCUGCUGAACCACCUCCUGGAGAGUAUGCCUCUGAGCGACCAGGAGCACCUCCGCGUGUCACUGCCGGAGGUCACAGAGGGUCCCAGCAGUGAGAGCACUUGUUCUUAGAGCGUGUCCGUGUCUCCGCACACUUUGACCUCCUCCAGCGACGACUCCGACCUGGACCUAGACACAGAGGCCGAACAAAGCCAGGUGUCUUCUGCGGAGGAGCCAGAGAACCACGAGGGGUUGAGUUCGGCUUCUUUACUGCACUCCAAGUCCAUGUGGAGGCCGUGGAAGAUCAUUUAGAAGAAAUAUAAGCCGUCACAUGCUUGUGUGUUAUAGGACAAUCCAGUGGGAUAGACGUUUUUAAAGUUGGUGUGCCAUGCUGUGAAAAAACAGCUCUUUGUGGAACUAUUCUGGAGCUUAAUCAAUAGAUAAUAGCAUUUAUUUUAAGGAAUAAAGAAGUUUUUCCUCAGGUAUCUUAGGUUCUGCCCUCAGUGAAUGGCUUUAAAGAGACCUUAUUCUUCAAAACAGAGUUUCUGAUUUUAAAAAGUAAGUGGGAAUAAUAUCUAGAAGUGUGCCUAAGGAAAUUUCAUUGCUUUAAGUUGAAAUUUUAGACUUCUGUGACAUAUGUCACGCCCCAUACGCCAGCAGCAUGUGUGGCAUUUUACCAUGAAAUACAACAGACUAUAACCAGAGCGACACUCGGUUGAGUGCAUACAACUGCUGAGGUCCUCACCUUUGAUCUUGAUCACUUAUCUUUGAUCAUAUUCCUAAUUAUUGAUCCAGAUUGCUGAAUGUGGAUCCUGAUCACUGUACUUUGAUCUUGGUUGCUGAGCUAUAACCCUGAACAGUGAACUUUGAUCCUGAUUACACUUUCAUCCUGAUUUGCUGACCUUUUAUCAUGAUUGAUCACCCUUGAUCGUGAGUUUUGAACCUGAUCACUCAUCUUUGAUCAUGUUCCUGUCAUUUUAUCUUCAUCUGUGUGUAUUUAGGUCCUGGUUGCUAAAAUUUAAUCCUGAUCACUGACCUAUGAUCCUGAUCAUGAUCCUUACAUCUGAGUUUUGAUCCUGAUUGAUCAUCUUUGAUCCUGUCCCUGAACUUUGAUCUUUAGCUGUGUUUACUUAGGUUCUGGUUGCUAAACCUUGAUCACAAUUGCUGACCUUUGAUCCCAAUCACCACUCAUAAACAUAAGUUUUGAUCCUGAUCACUCAGCACUCAUCAUAGCCAGUGACCUUUGAUCCUGUUUCUUUUACUUAGAUCCAGACUGCUGGACUUUAAUAAUAAUUUCUGACCUUUUAUCCCAGUCUCCAAGCUUUGAUCCCAGUCACUCUUUUUUGAACCUGAGUUUUGAUCCUGGUCACUCAUCCUUGAUCAUAUUCCUGACCUUUGGUCCAAUUGCUGAACUUUGAUCAUGAUUCAAUACUAUAAUCUUUAACACUGAACUUUCAACCUGAUCAUCUUUGAUCGUGUUACUGAACUUUGAUUCUGAUUGCUGAUUGCUUUGAUCCCAUGAUGAGGAACAAAGAAAUCAAGAUCAAAAAUUAGCGUUAAGCAUCAAAGUCACCUUUUAUGCCCAACUUUUAUAGGUUCAUCCUUGGUCCAUGUUCUGCUCCGUCAGUGGGGCUCAUUAAAGUAGGAUCUCUAUUUUUUGUAUAAUCCUGCUGACAAACAAUCAAACCAACAAACAGAUGCUGGUGAUCCCAUAAUCUUCUUGUUGGAAAUCUUUUUUCUUUGUUGGAUGCAUCAUCAUGUGGCUGCAAACUUUAAUAUGUGCUGUUCAGACUGUUAUUCUCAUACUACAAGCAGUGUACGAACUCACUUGUCUGCUGUAUAUAUUUACUUGUUGACUGGUCUGUUUAGCGGAAACCUGCUCUCUCUUAGAAAGGAAUGUGUCAUUUUUAUUUAUUUUUUUUUAAUUUAGAACUUUUAUUUUUGUAUUUCUAAAUGUUCAGUGCGUCAGCUAUAUCCUGUGUUUUAAUAAACCUCGUUUGACAGA